CUGACUAUCAGUUGUUCAAAAGGCAACAAAAACAAAUUUCUUAUAAUGUAUCUCAAUGUUUUAUAACAAUGAUUCGCAACGUUGUGGUGGGGAUAUCAGGAGGUGUGGACAGCGCCAUCAGUGCCCAUCUGUUAAAGGAGCGUGGCUACAAUGUUUUGGGAGUAUUUAUGCGCAAUUGGGAUGAAAACGAUGAGGCGGGUCGUUGCAGCGGCGAACUGGAUCUGAAGGAUGCGGAAUGGGCAUGUCAAAGAUUAGAUAUUGAGUUGCGACAGGUGAACUAUGUGAAGCAAUACUGGAUGGCUGUAUUUACACAAUUUCUUGAUGAUUAUCAGCAAGGACUAACCCCAAAUCCGGACAUUCUGUGUAAUAAGCAUAUAAAAUUCGAUUUGUUUCAUACGCAUUGCCGAGAAAGAUUACAAUAUGAUGCAGUGGCCACAGGCCACUAUGCUGCCAAUAGCUGGGGCAACUAUCUAGAGCAACAGCUUCAGGGAGAAGAGCCACGUUUACUUAUACCUCAAGAUAAGUUUAAGGAUCAAACUUUCUUUUUAAGCGGCAUCUCGCAGCGUUCCCUUCGGCACACGAUGUUCCCACUGGGUUGCAUGCUUAAAACUGAGGUGAAACAAUUGGCCCGUCAAAUUGGACUACAGCGUCUCGCCGAAAAACGUGAAAGCACGGGAAUUUGUUUUGUGGGCAAGCGAAAUUUUAAAUCAUUUAUCGGCGAGUACCUAAGCCCCCGGCCGGGCCCCUUCAUCGAUAUUGAUACCGGCUGUGAGGUAGGUCAGCAUGAGGGCAUUCAUCAAUGGACUAUUGGUCAACGUUGUCGCUUAAGUUCCUUCCUCCAGCCCUAUUUUGUUGCCCGUAAGGAACCUCUACGCAAUAUUAUCUAUGUGGCUUCCGGCCACGAACAUCCCGCUCUGCACAGCAAUCGCCUCACUAUUGACCCCAUCAAUUGGCUGUGCUCCACAGCGAAAACAAGAUACGUCCAAGAGGGGAGACUUCGUUGUCGGUUUCGGUUUCAACAUACGAAACCUUUAGUUAAUUGUAGUAUAAUUGAAGAGGAAGUUGUGCUGGAUUCCCCCUUGAGAGCCAUUACCCCAGGCCAAUACGCUGUCUUCUAUGAUGACCAGGCCUGCUUGGGCUCAGCGAGAAUUCUGCGCUCGAAACCGCUGGACCAACUGGAGCAACAAACUGUAAAGCAUCGUGCAACGUGAUAAACUAUUCAUUAAGCAUAAUCAGUGGUAGAUUUAAGACUGAAUAAAAAGUCACUGUAAAGAUUUUCAGUGUUUUCCAAGCGA